CUGAGAUUUUAGAGCUUGCAGGAAAUGCUGCUCGUGACAACAAGAAGACUCGAGUAACCCCAAGACAUAUACUCCUAGCUGUGGCAAAUGAUGAAGAACUUCAUCAGAUGCUUAAACAUGUAACAAUAGCCUCAGGUGGUGUAAUACCUCGCAUACAUCCGGAACUUCUUGUGCGGAAAAAAGGUGGUAAAGUUGUGCUUCCCUCAGCUUCAAAACCAGCAGCAGCCUCAAAACCAGCAGCAAAGACUACAAAUUUACUGAAAACCACAAAUAAGAAAGCUAAAGCUCCAGCACCACCUCCAACACCAACAAAGGCAGCAGCUAAAGGGGCCAAGAAAGGGGGAAAGAAGGGGAAAGCUGCUGGGAGUGACAGUACAGAUUCUGCUCCAGCAGCUAAAGGGACAACAGCUGGAGGGUUCACCAUACUUCAUGAGAAAAAACUCUUUCUGGGACAAAAGCUGACAGUAUUACAGGGUGAUAUUGUCAAGGUCACAGCAGAUGCCAUUGUUCACCCAACUAGCAGCAAUUUCUAUAUGGGAGGAGAAGUUGGUUCAGCAUUGAAGAAAGCAGGUGGUAAUGAGUUUCAGGAUGAAAUAAAGUCACUACAGUCGUCUCAUGGCUCACUCGACACUGCCGGUGCUGCAAUAUGUCAAGGAAAGAAUUUCCCAGCAAAAUACGUUAUCCACGUAAACAGUCCUGGCUGGGGAUCAAGCAAUGCACAGCAGUUACUCGAUACUGCCACUAAAAAUGUUCUCAAAUUAGCCGACGAGAAAAAUUUGAAAUCUGUAGCUAUUCCGUCAAUUAGUAGUGGAAACUGCAAUCUGUCCUGGGCACAAAAUUCCUGCUAAAUAUGUAAUCCAUUGCAACAGUCCUAACUGGAGCGCUUCUAACCCUGCAGAACUGUUAGAUAAAACUGUGAAAAACUGUCUUCAGUUAGCUGAUGAUAAAGACCUUGGAAGUAUAGCUCUACCCUCUAUAGGCAG